GUCCGAGUUUAUUUUGAAAAGAACCGGAAGCUGUCACCGCCGCUCGCGCUGUGCGCUUCACGGGCGGCGCAGCAGCUGCACGCGCUCACGUCCAGCGUCUGACACCCCGAGCAGCGGAGCGGCUGUAAUGGCUGCCGAAGGAAGGGAGGAAGACAACCAAUGAACCUCCGAGAAGACACUCUCAGAGACGAUGGAAGGAUGGUAAGCAGCCAGCCGAAGUACGAGCUGAUCCAGGAGGUGGGGCGCGGCAGCUACGGCGUGGUCUAUGAGGCGGCGGUGAGGCGUUCGGGGGCCCGGGUGGCGGUGAAGAAGAUCCGCUGCCACUCUCCAGAGAACGUAGAGCUGGCCCUCAGGGAGUUCUGGGCCCUGAGCAGCAUCCAGAGUCAGCAUCCUAACGUCAUCCACCUGGAGGAGUGCAUCCUGCAGCGGGACCAGUUGGCCCAGAGGAUGAACCACGGAUCCAGCUCGCCGCUCUACCUGGAGCUGGUGGAGACCUCCCUGAAGGGUGAGAUAACCUUUGACCCCUGCUGUGCCUACUACCUGUGGUUCGUCAUGGACUUCUGUGACGGAGGAGACAUGAACGCCUACCUUCUGUCCCGGAAGCCCAGCAGGAAGACCAACACCAGCUUCAUGCUGCAGCUGGGCAGCGCCCUGGCCUUCCUGCACCGGAACCAGAUCAUCCACCGAGACCUCAAACCAGACAACAUCCUCAUCUCGCAGGCGUGCACGCCCGCCGGCUCCUCGGAGCCCACCCUCAAGGUGGCGGACUUCGGCCUCAGCAAGGUCUGCUCCGCCUCGGGGCUCAACGCCGAGGAGCCGGCCAGCGUCAACAAGUGCUUCCUGUCCACGGCCUGCGGGACGGACUUCUACAUGGCGCCGGAGGUCUGGGAGGGCCACUACACGGCCAAAGCAGACAUCUUCGCCCUGGGCGUCAUCUUCUGGGCCAUGGUGGAGCGCAUCACCUUCGUGGACGUGGAGACGCAGAAGGAGCUGCUGGGGAGCUACGUCCAGCAGGGCUCCGAGAUCGUCCCCCUGGGGGAGGCCCUGCUGGAGAACCCCAAGAUGGAGCUGCUGAUCCCGGCCCGCAAGAAGAGCAUGAACAGCCACAUGAAGCAGCUGAUCCGGGAGAUGCUGGCCGCCAACCCUCAGGAGCGGCCCGACGCCUUCGAGCUGGAGCUGCGGCUGGUCCGGAUCGCCUGCAGAGAGCUGGACUGGGACACGUGAUGAACGGGGCGCGCCAUGGACGGGGCGCGCCAUGAACGGGGCGCGCCAUGAACGGGGCGCGUGGAGCGCCUCAACACCUCUCCUCUGCUGCUGGACAUAAAGAGCGAGUUAACCUGCGAGGUUCUGCCCAGUCAGACGUCCACUCACUGUCCCACCCCUGUCUCUGUCCCACCC